AUGCUAGAUGAAGGAUGUAGGACAGCAGUGUUAGAAAUCACAACAUACUCAAAACCACCGAAUGUCUCACCAACCUCUGAAGCCAAAGAACAUGUCAGCACAUCAAGACUUGCAUUAGCUUUGGGGUUAAUUGUAGGAAUUCUAGCAAUAUGCAUAAUAGCUGUUGUCGUCGCGGUUACAUAUUACAGAAGGAGAAAGAAACGUAAAGGAAGCUAUCAAGAAGAUCCAGAAGAAAAGAAGGAAAUGUUAACACUCGAUGAUGACAGAGCAUUAGCUCGUACCAAACGAGCGUUUCAAACAGGGAAAUUUGUUGUCCUUAAAGGAAUACAAGGCGCGGGUAAAACUUUUCUGGCUGAACGUCUUCGUGGAGAAUGGAUAAAACAAAACGCAGACGUUAAAUGGAUUUGUGAACCAAAAUGUAUCUCUGAAAUAUCUGAAGGAAUCGGUUAUUGUAUUCUAGAUGACUUAUUCUAUGAACUUCAAUUAGAAAAAGAGGUGCUUGAGGUAAGAAACAUGGUGGACGAAUUAUAUGAACGCGUGUCUCUGAAUGGAGAUAGGAAAAUCCUUCUUAUUGUUACAAGUUUAAUCAUGGACAGAUGCCCGUCUCUCUUUGCAAAACACCAUUAUCAGAACAUGAUUGAUUUGGAUCAUCUAUGCACCGAAGAUUUAAAAGAAAUUUUAGAAUUUCACAUGGAACAAAAUAACAUUGUACGGGCUGGUGAAGACUACAGAAAGGAAAAAAGAUCAACAACCCAAAUGAGCGAAGAUUGUUUUGAAAGAGCAAUGGCGACUACAGAUUAUGAUUUUCUUAAAGGUCAAGGCAUCGGAAAGCCAGCGUCAAUUGCUUUAGCUUGUAAAUUAAUAGGUCAAAACAAAUUUAAUGGGCAAUUUGGUAGAUGGAUGAAAACACCAGUGUCGUGGUUGUUUAGUGACCUUAACAGUCUAUUAAAUGACAAAAGACAAAAACGAUCAAUUAUUGCUUUAACAAUGGUCGCUUUUCAACCCGAAGAACUCAGCCCCGACAAUAUCAAUUCUGAUCUUUUGAACAAAUUAAUGAAGCUCGAAAACUGUAAUUUUAAUAUGAACUCUCUUAUUGCAACAUUAAAAGAAUUAAGGACAUAUCUAGAAGAAAAAGAUGGUCAUUUUACAUUCCAAGUGCCUAUUGUCAGGAAGGUUCUAUUGAAAAUUAUUUUUCAAAAAUAUCCGGAACUUAUUACAUGCUGUGAUGAGAAAAUACGAAAACGACGCGUGUGUGAUUCAUUACCUGCAGACAUUUACGGAGAAUAUAGAAAAUCUUUCUAUAUCAAAAAAACUAAAUAUAAUUAUGAAUAGUUGCAGUGUGUUGAUUUCGUUAAUAAAGUGGC